UAUGGCUGUGCUUGGAGAUGUGGUGAUAUCUUUGUUGCUGUAGUGCACCUAGGUUCAUCUUCCUGAGGAAAACGUGUCUCUAUGAAUCCUUUCUAAAGGUUUGAUAUGGCCUCUGGUGUCUCCCUGGAGUCUCCACACCGAGUGACACGAGCUGCCAUCUUUUCUCUUUCCCAGAGUAUGACUUGUGAGCACAGAAAGAACAUGAGAUCAACACUUUGUAGAGAAUGAAAGGAACUACAAGUCUCAGAAUGCCCAGGCGGGGAGGACAUGGAGCGGCUCGUGUAGAUCCACAGGCAUCAACCAGACCGAAGAACGUCCUUCAUCUGGGACCUGCAGAAAUGGCCACCAGCCCACUAACAGCAACCAAUGAUCUCCUUUUGGCUUCCCCUCCAAGCUCCUACCCCCAAGACUCCCUCCAGUCAAGAGUCAGCCAACCCAACAUGAAACCAAACCAAGUCAGCCAAGUCAUUUUGUAUGGCAUCCCUAUUGUAUCACUGGUCAUAGAUGGACAGGAGAGGUUGUGUCUUGCCCAGAUCUCCAAUACACUCCUUAAAAACUAUAGCUACAAUGAGAUCCACAACAGGCGGGUAGCCCUUGGUAUAACCUGUGUGCAGUGCACCCCAGUUCAGCUGGAAAUCUUGAGAAGGGCAGGAGCAAUGCCUAUAUCUUCAAGAAGAUGUGGAAUGAUUACUAAGAGGGAGGCCGAGAGACUGUGCAAGUCCUUCUUAGGAGAGAACAGGCCACCAAAGCUUCCAGAUAACUUUGCAUUUGACGUUAGUCAUGAGUGUGCAUGGGGGUGCCGGGGAAACUUCAUCCCGGCAAGGUACAACAGCUCCAGAGCUAAAUGUAUUAAAUGCACCUACUGCAAUAUGUAUUUCUCUCCAAACAAGUUCAUCUUCCAUUCCCACCGAACCCCAGACGCUAAAUACACCCAGCCUGAUGCUGCCAACUUCAAUUCAUGGAGAAGACAUCUAAAGCUUUCAGAUAAGACCCCUCCAGAUGAAAUGGUGUUUGCCUGGGAGGAUGUCAAAGCAAUGUUUAAUGGGGGCAGCCGAAAGAGAGCUUUAAGUCAUGGACAUUGCCAGUCUCUGGGCUCCAUAAAAGCAAGCAAUGGGAUCUUGCCACAUAUGAUCGGGCAAGACCUCAACCAGAAGAGGCCAAGGUUCGAGGAAGAAGAAGAGAUAGAGUCCACCAACGUCACCAACAAGACCCAAAGAAGUUACCCUGUCAUCCCGGUCCCCAGCAAAGGAUUUGGCAUGUUGCAAAAAUUCCCUGCCAGCACCCUCUUUCCGAGUCCAUACACCUUCCCAGCCUUUGGCCUGUGUCAGAAAAAAGAUGAUGCUGAUGCAGUUAAUGGCCAGAAAACCAGUGCACUGUCAGGACUAUUCUGGCCUGGUAGAAAAGAUGCAUUUUACCCCCCUUUUUGUAUGUUUUGGCCACCGAGAACCCCUGGUGGACUUCCAGUUCCUACCUAUCUUCAGCCUCAGCCCAGUGCCCUUACUUCCAUCACAGACAACCCAACUCUUAGACAGGCCUUCCUAGAGCUGGCCGACCAGACCGAUGCCAGUAACCUCAGUAACACUGGAGACAACUUGUUUGAAACCGAAUGUUCCAGCUCCCCAGUCUCCAGUGACAUCCGGCCCUCCUCUGAAGCUAGGACCAAUGUCUUGGAUGUACCUUCCUUCCCAAUUCGGAAACAGAACUACCACUCUGCCUUCAGGCCUGUGGUCAAAGACACUGAGAGCAUCGCCAAAUUGCAUGGCAACCUUGAGGACUUCCAAAAUGACAGGCAUGUGUCUCCGGGCACUAGCUGCAGUUACCAAAGCGACAGUUCGGACUCGGAUGAAGAGCAGGACGUGGACGUGGAGACCAACAAGCCUCCCGGUGAAGAAGAAGAAGAGGAGAGUCUCAGCAGUCAGUUCUUGCAAAGUAGAGGACUGGUGGAAAGCAACGACAAAGACCGAUCCCCCUUCUCCAGCUCCAGGAGCGAAACGCAAACUGAGAAGAUGGAAAACGCAGAACAUCUUUCUUCCACCCCAAAAGAGUCGAGCAGCCCCCGUCACACAUCACCGGAGGAGCCCGGCUACAAAGAUACGCAGAAAAGCAAAGACGACAAUGGGACAUUAUCCUCCAAAGAAGACUCCUACUCAGAUAAAAGCAAAGAGAUGCAUUUUUACGUGACGGAAUCGGACACCUCGACGGGGGAAUUCUGGAGAGAAAUACCAGGAGAAGCCAGUCAGGACAACAGCUCAUCACAUGGCCUGAAGAAGGACAUGGGGAGCAUGGGGAAAGAAGAACUUCAAAAAGUUUUAUUUGAGCAAAUAGAUCUAAGGAGAAGGCUAGAACAAGAAUUCCAAGUGUUAAAGGGGACGCCGUCUUUUCCGGUUUUCAAUAACUUCCAUGACCAAAUGAAAAGAGAACUAGCAUACAGAGAGGAGAUGGUCCAGCAGUUACAGAUUAUCCCUUAUGCUGCCAGCUUAAUAAGGAAAGAGAAACUCGGUACUCAUCUGAGCAAAAGCUAAAAGCCAAGACAAGUUGCAAAAUCAGCCGAGACUUUUGUAAGAUAAUCAACCACCUCCUUGAACUUGUACAGAGACUUUAAACCAGGACUUUUCUUGAACAAAACUGGUUCCUUGAGAACUUGAGUGAUCAUGGACACUUUGGACACUCGCAGCUGAUUCUACGGAGUAGCAGAGACUACACAAGCACCCACCGUGGUGGUACCAAAGUAUGUGUGACCGCAGAACGUGCACUAAGACGUCCGGGAAGGGACGUUAAUAUUGAGUUUUGGGCUGAGUGACUGGAGGGGACAGCGGGAUGGGGGGGGGGGGGUGGCGCACCCUCUUCUGGAUCUCCGCACUGUGUACAAUAGCAGCGUCGCCCUCUGCUGGCUCAAGUCUUACACCGGUAAUGGUAAAGCUACGCCUGCGGAUCGGACAGUGACUGCCGCCGGACCCUCAUUUCACUCUGCCUGCUGUAUGGGAUAAGCCGUACCCUCUUGGACAAAAAUUUUACAGUUUAAUAUUAAGUGUAAUUAAGAAUAUAAUCUCUGUUCUCAAAGUAUUUAUCGCUGUUCUUGUAGUUUCUUUUAACAUUUAAUGUGGAUAAGAAUCUAUAAUAAAAAAGCUAUCAAGUGGUAUCCGGCCGUUUCCGUCAGGUUCUGUAGUCAUUUGAAGCACUCGGAGUUACAGUGUAAAGCAUGGUGGACGGACCGAGCAGAUGCCAUAGACAGCGAUGUGAGAUAGUAUGCAGUUUAAUGCCCCAUACCCUGCGGAAGUGUUGGGGUCUGUGUGUGAUCUGUAGUGCAUGGUGUCAG